AGCGACUCCGGACGGCUGUUCGCCUGUUUCACACUCUCACCUCCGUAGCACGAAGGUGAUUCCUUCAGAGAUCUUCUGGUUGUUGAUACUCUCGUUAUCUGAUACACCAGAGAGGAUACUCAUCUGUGAAAUUGAGUUUUAUUUUUUAUUACUGUUAUAAUUUACGAGGCGAGUUAUUUUCAGAGCCAUGAAGAACGUGGCGGUGAUACUGGUGCUAUUUGUAAGCUGCAUAGCGUUUAUCAAUUCAUCACCACUUCCUGGUGUCGGUGACAACAAAGUAUCCAUAGCGACAAACAAAAAUAAUAAAGACAGUGGUCUUGCUGUGGUAUCAUCACGACAAUCAGGAGGUGCAGCAGCAUUUGAUGACGACGACGAUGACGACGACGACGACGACGAUGAUUUAUUCCCUGAUGAUGAUGAUGAUGAGGAUGACGACGAUGAUACUCCGUCCGAGGAUACUAAAGGUGAAGACGAUGAAGAAGAUGACGAUGAUGACGACGAUUACCUAGAACGUUUCAUUGAUGACAUUCUUGGAGGAGAUGAAGAUGAUGACGACGAUGAUGAUGAAGGAACUAGUUCAGUUGUCGAGCCAAUAAAACCAGCAAGUCCAGUUCAAGCGCCUCAGGCACCAGUCAUUCCAGCGAGUGUUCAAUCAGACUUAAAUGCAGUUGCUGACGAGGGUGCGGUUAUCGCUGAGAGCUCCGCAGACAUACAUCAGCAUUCAUCGGGUGUCGCUGAUGCCGCUGGUGUUGCGUAUGACGAAACAGCUGAAGAAGCCGGAGAUGUUCAACCAGAAGGCCAAGCAGCAACAGAUAUCGAAGGUGUCAAUACUCAACCUGCAUCACAACCUGCAAUCGUUCAUCAGACUUCAAACAUUACGCCUGUUGCAUCGGGAACCGCGGACGAUGACGAUGACGAAGACGACGACGACGAUGACGAUGACGCCAUUGCUGACGUUCUUCCUGACGAUGACGAUGACGACGACGAUGGUGAAGAAAAUGAUGAUGAGGAUGAUGAUGAUGAAGAUGAUCUUCUUGGCCGUAACGCCCGACUUGCACGUGAGUUCAAGGGCAAGACAAAGAAACACACUAACAACAAACGGUCGCGUGCAUUUGAACCCGGGACUCCUGGCGAUGUAUCUGCUAUCUACGUAUCCAAGUACAAUAAAUUUGUUGACAACAUUUUGGGAAGGAUUAACAAAAUUCUCAAGGCCAAGUAUGAUCCUGUUACGGUUAAACUCACGAACCCUAAUCCUUCCAACAAAACUAAUAAGACCAAGAAGAAGAAGAAGAAGACAAAGACUAAGAAAAGUAAACAAGAGAAUGUUGAAUCUGUUGAUAAUAAAAUUAAUGAGUCAACGACUGCUGCAGAAAUAGCCGAGCUCUUGUCAACUGAAGCCACACCUUUGAUUAACACUUCCAAUGAACAACAAACUAGUAGUCGUGGAUCAGUUGUCAAAGACAAUAAAAAGAAGUCUAGCUCGAGUAAAAAUAAAAUUAAAACUAAGCCAGUUGUCAAAGGAACUUCUAAUAAAAAUAAAGUAAAACAGAAUAAGCCAAAGCAAAAAUCAAGAGCACGAGCAACUUUGUACGGUUUGUCUUCACUCAAAAGAGCUGGUGACGUGUCUGUUAAUAUGAUGAGCGAUCACACGACAAUUAGAACGAAAUUUAAUUUAGGUCCGCUUAUAUUAAAAGUUGAAAAAGAAUUUGGAAGAGCCGCGAAAAAAGAAUUACGAAGUGCCACUGCGACAACUGCUGAGAUGUCAGGAAAAUUAAGUUUACGUGUGUUGCAUGGUGGAGCAGCGACUCUGCAUUCCAUUCGUGUUCUUCAACCCAAGCAGGUACGAGUUGACAGCCCAGAUGAUCACGAUCGCACCCGCGAAUUUGUCUGGCGAAGAUCAUCCCAUAUUGCCCACCUAGUAUCGCAGAAACUUUCAUCAGCCACGAGGUCGAUGCUUCGGCCGCCACCAUCUAUACCUGAAGUAUCAUUACUAUCAUCACCAUAAUUCCAUGCUACAUAUUAUCAUUAUUACUAUUAAUUUAAUCAAAUAUUUAAAAUAAUCAAUUAUUUAUUUAUUUAUUUUAAUAUGUAAUGUCAAUAUCCGCUAGCUAAU